AUGGGUUGUGUUCAUUUGAUCGCGGUAACGACCACCCAUAAAUUCGUCAACGUGACCACUGGGCAGAGUGUAUUUCUCCAGUGCUCCUUUGCCACCACAUCGCCAACCACCGGCCUGAACAUUGAGUGGUCUUUCGUCCCCAGAUCCGGGCUAACUAACCAGCAGGUUUACUACUACCAAUCAGGACAGUCUGUCAUUACAGCGAAUUAUAAGGGUCGAGUGACGGGGCCCUAUUCACCCAACACCACGUACAAUGCCUCCAUAACCAUCAGCAACAUGAAACCUUCCGACUCAGGGAUCUACACCUGUGACGUGCACAACAUCCCUGACGUCCAGGGAACCUCUGAGGUCAACAUCAAUGUCAUGGUUCUGGAGAAGCCCUCUGUCCCAUUCUGUGCCGUUCACGGGACAGUGGAGGCGGGUCACCUGGUCUCCCUCACCUGUCACACAGAACAGGGGAACCCCCCUCCCACCUACACCUGGACCCAGCUGAACCAGGGCAGGUCCAGGAGCGCACUGGGGGAAACCAAUUUCCAGACUGGAGUUAUGUACAUAAGAAAUCUGUCACAGUUUCAAUUUGGAGAGUAUCAGUGCAAUGCAUCUAAUGUUGUGGGAUUCACUGUUUGUACUGUUGAACUCGUUGAAGACCUUGGAGACGGGGCAAUAGCUGGAGCAGUUAUUGCAGCAGUUCUGGGAGCCGCCCUCAUCAUAUUCCUGGUCUGGUACAUCACACACCACCUGAGGAAAAGCAAAUACAAGGCGGCAAAGGCAGCGGGAGCUACUGAGAUGGAAUCCGGGCCCCAGAGCUCAGACUCAGUGAAGUACGAGAGCGUCCCCACCAAAGAGAGGGCCCACCAGACCUCUUCCAACGCUGUGUCCGUCCCCCAGGAAUCCGCCCCAAGCCCUGUCUCCGCCCAGGGUCAGGAGGAGGAGGCAGAGGCCUAG